UGAUCGCACACGCAUUGGCCCGUUCUGCCGAGCUACCGCGCCCCACAGCACAAUGGAGGUCGCUGCGACCGUGAUAGCGACGGAGCGGAGCGCAGGUCAACGCGACCAGACGGAACUGCCGAGCGCCGACCCCUCGGCCAUCCGACGGCACCCGGACACCGAGGAGGCGCCUCCUCGGGAUGAGGAACAGGCCGACUCCAGCCGGCGCGGCACCUGGGGCUCCCAGCUGGAGUUCCUGCUGUCCUGUCUGUCGUACGCGGUCGGUUUGGGAAACAUCUGGCGGUUCCCCUACCUCUGCUACCAGAACGGAGGCGGUGAGAGCACUACUGCAUGGUGA